UUGUUCCUAUUUCGUAUCACAGGCUGUCUCGUAAUUUUCUUCAUUUCGGCACAAGAAAAGUGAAAAUUCUAGCAGAAUUCAAAGAUUUCAGUGGUCAUUUGCACUUAAAAAUAAUCUCUAAUGUCCUUAAAUUGCAGUGUAUUGAGUUAAGCAUCUAAAACCCAAAAAUAAAAGAGUUAUUGCCAUUUAUUCACGAUGCCAAGAACAUAGUGAAGAGUUGAAGAUAGUCUACGUCAGUACCUGGGAGGUUGUCAAGAAUGUCUGUAAUAAGUGAAUCAGCGGAGAUGACUGAAACAUCGCCAGUCCUAAAAGGCGACCUCCAAGAGCAGCUGGUGGCGGUCCGCGUGCCGAUCCACGGCAUGACCUGCCAGUCCUGCGUGAGGAGCAUAGAGGGAUCAGUCAGGGAACUACCAGGCGUGCAACAUGUUAAGGUGGAGUUGGACGAGAAGGCCGGCUACUUCCGGUACGACGCUCGCCUCUGCAGCGCUGACGUCAUCAGGGAACAUAUCGAGGACAUGGGCUUCGAGACCGCUGAGGUCGUGGAUGAAGAGACCAGAAACCUCCUGCAAAACGACAUACCCACAGAUCUACUAAUAGACAUGUCGCACGCAACCUCAAACGGCGGUCUUACGGCCGAAAGCAAUUGCCUAAUAUCAGUGGAAGGCAUGACUUGCAACUCCUGCGUGCAGACUAUUGAAGGAUCAAUAUCGGAGCUUCCGGGCGUGCAGCACAUAAGCGUCAGUCUCGCGAGCAAGGAGGCGCAGGUUCGCUUCCUGCGCGGGACCAUCUCCGCCGAGGAGAUCAAGGAGAAGAUCUACGACCUCGGGUUUGACACUGAGCUGGUCACUUUGGAUGGGAGGUGCAUUGCUGCACCUACUUUUCGCCAGAGUGGCACCCUCCCAUCACAAGAAGAAGUGGCGAAGUGUACUCUGGAAGUGGGCGGGAUGACGUGCGCGUCGUGUGUCUCGGCCAUAGAGAAACACUGCUCCAAGCUGUACGGCGUCCACUCAGUGCUAAUAGCGCUCCUGGCAGCCAAGGCAGAAGUCAGCUACAACCCCACUCGGAUAUCAGCAGCGGACGUGGCUCGCUCCAUCACUGAACUAGGCUUCCCCGCUGACGUUCUACAGGAUGAUACUGACCGUGGAGUGCAACGGGCGGAGAUCCUAAUAAAAGGCAUGACCUGCGCGUCAUGUGUCAACAAGAUUGAGAAGAGCGUCCUCAAGUUGACCGGCGUGGUGUCCUGCGCUGUCGCGCUCACCACCUCCAGGGGCACAGUACAAUACAACGCGGAACAGAUCGGCCCGCGGACCAUCUGCGAGGCGAUCAACAGUCUCGGGUUCGAAGCCAGCCUGCUCAGCUCACAGAACAGAGGGCACAACUACUUAGAACACAAAGAAGAAAUAAAAAAAUGGCGGACGGCUUUCCUGAUAUCGCUGCUCUUCGGUGGUCCGUGUAUGGCGGCCAUGGUGUACUUCAUGAGCUCCAUGGGAGGCCACGGACACAGUGCCACGGACAUGUGCUGUGUAGUUCCGGGGCUGAGCUUCGAGAACCUUCUUAUGUUCUUGUUGGCUACUCCUGUACAGUUCAUCGGUGGGUGGCAUUUCUACGUGCAGGCGUACAAGGCGCUGAAGCACGGCACUUCCAACAUGGACGUCCUCAUCUCUAUGACCACUACUAUAAGUUACGUGUACUCUCUAAUAGUGGUGAUAGUGGCGAUGGUGCUACAGAAGGACACAAGUCCGAUGACGUUCUUCGACACGCCGCCGAUGCUACUCGUGUUCAUAUCUCUCGGACGGUGGCUGGAGCAUAUUGCUAAGGGUAAAACCUCCGAAGCGUUAUCCAAGCUGCUAUCUCUGAAAGCUACAGAAGCGGUGUUGUGCACGUUGGAUGAAAAUGGCGAUGUUGUCAGCGAAAAAAACAUAUCUGUGGACCUAGUGGAGAGAGGAGAUGUACUGAAGGUGGUACCAGGAGCCAAGAUCCCAGUGGACGGGCGCGUCAUAUCCGGCCAAAGCACCUGCGACGAGUCGCUUAUCACUGGGGAGUCUAUGCCCGUGCCUAAGAGCAAAGACUCAAUAGUAAUAGGCGGCAGCAUCAACCAACACGGCGCUUUACUCAUUCUGGCGACACACACGGGCGAGGCGAGCACGCUGGCACAGAUAGUGCGAUUGGUGGAGGACGCACAGACCAGCAAGGCACCCAUACAGCGGCUAGCUGACCGGAUAGCCACUUACUUCGUCCCGCUCGUAGUUUUCCUGUCUCUGCUGACGCUCGUGAGCUGGAUCAUCAGCGGCGCCGUCGACAUCAACAGAAUCAUCAACAUUGUACCGGACAUGUACCUAAACUCGGGCUUCUCCCGCUGGGAACUAAUCGUCCAGACUGCCUUCCACUUCGCCCUGUCUGUCCUGGCCAUAGCCUGCCCCUGCGCGCUGGGGCUGGCCACGCCCACCGCCGUCAUGGUGGCCAGUGGAGUCGGGGCCAGGAACGGGUUGCUGGUCAAAGGCGCUGAGCCGCUGGAGAAUGCGCAUAAGGUGAAGACAGUGAUCUUCGACAAGACCGGCACAAUAACCCGCGGCACGGCGACCGUGGCCAAGCUGUCGCUGCUGACGUCACCGGCGGCGCUGGGCGAGGUGCUGGCCUGUCUGCUCAGCGCCGAGCUCAACUCCGAGCACCCUGUAGCUUCAGCGGUAGUAACCUUCUGCACAACAGUGGUGGGUCGGUCUUCAGCCGGCCGAUGCUCGGGCUUCACGGCCGUGCCGGGCUGCGGGCUGCGCUGCCGGGUGACGGCUCCACGGGCUGCUGUCAACCUGAACAAUCUGAUUAAUAAUGUCGACGGAGCCACAUCAGGCACCUUCAUGCUACACAGCGUGCCGGUGGAGCUGAUCCCGGCAGACGGCGACACGGCGCUCACGUCGGCCGCCGCGGCGCGCCGCCUGGGCUCGCUCAUACACACGGGACAGGGGGAGGAGGAGACAGAAUCGCUUGUGCUAGUCGGCAACCGGGAGUGGAUGGCUCGCAACGGCAUCACUGUACCCAGGAGAGUGCACGAGACCCUACUCCGAGAUGAGGAGCUGGGGAGGACGGCUGUGCUGUGCGCUAUUGAUGACGAGCUAGUCUGCACAAUAGGCGUGGCGGACGAGGUGAAGCCCGAGGCGCACCUCACCGUGUACAGCCUCAAGAAGAUGGGGCUGGAGGUGUGUCUGCUGACCGGCGACAACAGGAAGACCGCUGUGGCUAUUGCUAGACAGGUUGGAAUAAACAAGGUAUACGCAGAGGUGCUGCCGACGCACAAGGUGGCCAAAAUACAGAAACUGCAGGAGCAAGGCCAGAAAGUUGCCAUGGUGGGUGACGGAGUGAACGACUCGCCGGCUCUAGCCCAAGCGGACGUGGGCAUCGCCAUAGCCAGCGGCACCGAUGUGGCGGUGGAGGCCGCCGACCUUGUGCUUAUGAGGAACGACCUCCUCGACGUGGUGGCAUGCCUCGAGUUGUCCCGCACGACGGUGCGGCGUGUCCGUCUGAACUUCCUGUUCGCUUCCAUCUACAACCUGCUGGGGAUUCCCCUGGCUAGUGGAGCCUUAGCUAGCUACGGGUUUAUAUUGCAGCCGUGGAUGGCGUCAGCAGCUAUGGCUAUGAGUUCUGUGUCUGUCGUUUGCUCAAGUUUAUUACUCAAAACCUUCAAAAAGCCAACAGCGGAACAGCUAAGAACGCCCGAAUACGAGCAAGCGAAAAUGGCGGAACUAGACUCUAUAACAGUGAGCCGAGGCCUCGACGACGGUAUCACGACGGAGGGCCGUGGCUCCACGCCGCUAUCCAAGUAUGUACACGGCCUGCACCACAGGUUACUCGGCCUCAGAUGUCGUUGUGAGUCUUUGAAGCCACUUAAAAGAGGGGGUCAUAAAGAUAGUUACGAUGGCUAUUUGGCAGGACCAAAGCUAGCAACGGGUGUCUCUUGCAAGAAGAAGACGACAUGAUGACCGUCUCUUUCAUUCCCAAGAGGCCGACGAGACAAGAACCCAGUUUAAAUGGAUAAAAAAAUAUUCUAAACAUAUUUACUGUUCAACAGACUUCGAGCGCUCAAAUACAAAUAACAGGCAUAUAAAAACGAUUUUAUGAUAAGGGUAGCUUUUUCCAUCAGAUAAGAUAAGCGCUAUGCUACGUUGCUUUGUAUGCAUUUGAUAUCCACCAAUCAUAUUCAUAGCUUCACAUAGCACGUAUAUGGCGGAAAGGCGCCCUAAAGAAUAACGAUUAUUCAUUCAAAAUCAAACUGAUCAAAACCCCAUUGGAUUAUUGUAUCGAGAUUUGAUCGCUUCUAGUCUCUAAAAUGCGGUUGGCUGACUUCAGGCGGUCUCAAGAAAAUGAUGUUCUUACGUUAGUGACGAUUUUCUCGAGCAAACAAUUUAAUUGCUUUGAUUACUCAACAUUCUGACGCUAUGAUAUCUACGUGUUGCAAAUUAUUACAUUUAUAUUAGCGUCGUAGGUAAGACUCAGUUUGCAUUUCAAAUAACACUCAACUUUUAUGUAUACAUAAUUAUAAACUACUAGGGGCUGGUUUUUCAAUAGUCAGAUAAACGUUAUCUGAGGAAUAAAAUUGUUACUGUCACUGUCAAAUACAAACAUUUAGAUGACAGCAUCAUAAUUAUUCCCCGGAUAACUUUUAUCUGGCUGAUGAAUGAAUGAUUGGUCCGACCGAUUUCGGCCAUGGCGACCACUUCGACCCCUAGUUCUGUUAUUUUUUAUCUGGCUAUUGAAUAAUCAGCCCUAAAUAAGAUUUUUUUCUCCCAAGAACCAUGUAGUCACUUGAUAAGUUAAAUUAUUUUCAGUCUAUGCGUUAGAAAGCCAUGUUUUCUGAUAUUUUAAGUAACCAGUGCUUGUCCUACAAUAAUCCAGUCAGAAAAAUAUAGAAAUACCUAACCUACAAUAGUUUUUAGCAAAAGGAAAAAUGUAUGCAUUGGUGAUUUAUAAACUGUAUACUAUAUGAUGAUUUUUGUGUGCUCUAAACGUUCAAUAUUGCCUUCUUGUACUUUUGUAAACGUAGAAAUACAUUUCUAGCGAAAUUUCUUAAACCGUACCUAUAAAUUAACCGUAAUACCUGAUGUAGCCAUAAUUUGUAUAUACAGUUACCAUUUUAUAUACCUAAAAUAUUACAGUUUGUAUUUGUAAAAUGUACCUAUCUACUUUAGGACUCAAUCAUAACAUAAUACAAUUUAAAUGUUGAGUAUGUCUACCCUAUCCAUUAAAGGGGAGAAAUAUGGGUGAUAUAGAUAUAUAGAUAGAUAGAUAGAGUAUUCUUUAUUUUUACACACGCAUAAAAGAAACUUAAGGCUUAAACUAAAGGUAUAAUGUAUUUUUAAACCAUAAAAAACAGGCUAACUUAAUUUUAAGACUCAUAUAUUAUGCUAAAAGUAGACUUCUGUAAAUAUAACAUAAUAAUAUUGUAAAGCGUAAAUGGGGAUUAGUAUCAAAAGGAUUUAUUUUUGCCUGUGACGAAAUAUCACAAAAUUUUUAAUAACAGUAUUUUUGAAUAAUUACUUUAAAGAUGUGCUUCCUAUAAAAAAUCCUACUUGUAAAAAAAAUCUAGCCCAAAGACUAAUUUGAGUAAUUUAGAAAUCUAGUUAUUUUCUCAAUUAUACUAUGUUUUGUAUAAUUUAUAAUAUUUACGAGAUUUAAUUUUGUAAGGAUUACGUCAUAUUUACUUACAAUGAAUAUAUUUUUUGUAGAGAAAAGAAGGCAAAUAAAAGUGCAUUUUAUUUUUGGA